AGACCUAUGUCUCUAAAUAGAAACCGAUAUGAGGUAGCUCGUUGCAAUGGAUUUACUUGAAGAACUUCUGAAGAAUAUUGCCGAAUGUCUACAAUGCUCUAUAUGUCAAAACAUUUUCAAAUCAGUAACUUUACCCUGUGGUCACAGCUAUUGUAUUGACUGUAUAUCUGAAUAUCGGAAAGCAAAGGCGUUGACGAGGAUUGACUGUCCAGAGUGUCGGCAUCGAUUCCAACCUCCUAUUAAGUUCAAGAAAAAUGUCACACUUUGUGACAUGGCAAAAAUGUACCAUGAUUUUAGACGUUAUGUUUCAAACGAAGAAUCUACUGGACCACAAAUGGCAAUGGAAGUUUGUGAUGUAGCACUGCAGACAUCAGCCAGCUUGGAAGACCGUCUUGAAAGUCACGCUUUACCGGAACAGGCUGAGGCCAAAGACGCAGAUAUUCAACCCAGUGCAGAGGCAACACAGGUCCCAGAUCCCCCUGAAAGCCCAUUACAGGAGUUGCCUAUCUCCCCAUCUACACACAGGCACAGAGCGCAAGACAUCCCCCCUCCCCUACCUGAUGCAAGCUUCACCAGACUGACCCUCACCCCAGCCCUGGGUCACAGACGCCUGGUCUGGAAUGGCUACAAGGUCAGCACCCGGAGGGCAAGCUCAGUAACCUACGGCGACCGCUUCGAUAUCAGCCAGUGUAUGGCGGAGCAAGAAUUCAGUCAAGGUUGCCAUUACUGGGACGUGGACACAUCGGAGAGUGUGGGCUGGGCCGUGGGCGUGGCUUACCCAGGUAUGGGCAGACAGGAACAGCUGGGUCGCACCCCCGGCUCCUGGUGUGUGGAGUGGAGCACGAGCAGACUCAGCUACUGGCACAACAACGUGGAGGACCCCCUCAAACAUGGCCGUCAUGACUUAGUCCGAGUGGUCCUGGACAUGAGUAAUGGGACGCUGUCGUUCUACGGCCUGUCUGCCGUUCAUACUCUGUUGCACUGUGUGCAGGAGGGCUUCUCUGAGCCAGUGAGGCCCGUGUUCUGGCUGUUUGGGCUGAAGGUCCCCAAUGCUCUGUCCUUCCCUGGGAAUCAGUAAACUCUCAAUGGGACUGGGUUUCUACAAAAGGUGGAGGGACUUUUUAUGGACAUAUGUCUGUUUCUGCUCAUCACUUUUUAACAUUAAAUAUACUUAAGAGGAUAUGAAUGAUAAUAUGAAUGAAUAAUCAAUAAAUGGAACACUGUCCAUCAUUGAAUAAUGCAGCCAUACGAUCAUUUUUUAUUAUGCAAGUAUUAUUAUCAAUAAAUAAUGACCAUUCCCUGAU